AGUUUCUCCUUUCAGAUGGGGUUCCAUGAUUGCUGAGGAGGAUCUAAAGAGGAAUUUGGAUAACUAGAACAUUGACCCUCAAUGCAAACCUAUCCUGUAUGCUAUAAUGGUGUCUCUUUAAUUAGUUUUCGUGUUGUUUGCUUUGGCUGAUUGGUGUGCGAACACUACAUCUGAUGUGAGGUUAGUUUUGGGACCAUUUUCUAAGCUGUUUUUGCUUUAUAGUGUGUAAAUUGUGGCAUGUGCCUGGGAUUAGGACAUUUUAUUGAGGAUUUUAGCAGCACCCCGAUGGUUAUAUGCUUGGAAAGAGAACUUCAUGGCAUGAACUUCAAGCAACACUUUAUUUGCUGGGACGUUUUUAGUUUGCAGCUGAAAGAUGUUCAAGUUUAUCCGGAAACAAAUUCAUGACCACCUUGUCGAGCGGAAAAUUAGGAGAACUCGUCUUGUUACAAAGGAUGGCCACUGCAACAUUAAAUUUGGGACUACUGAAUAUCACAACCAUUUUGCUUUCCUUAUGGACUUCUGGACUACAUUUGUUGAGAUUCAUUGGUGUUUUGUCAUUUUUUUAUUUGUCGCUGCCUUCACAGGAAGUUGGUUCAUUUUUGGUUUGCUUUGGUAUUCGCUUGCAAAAACUAACGGAGACUUCGAUGUUCUCCAGAACUCGUCUGAAUCCCAGCAGAUGAAAUGUUUAGAUAACGUUAACAGUCUCACGACCGCCUUCUUGUACUCUUUAGAGACCCAGACAACUAUUGGCUAUGGCAGUCGGACUCUCACGGGUCACUGCCCGGGCACAGUCGCCCUGUUGAUCAUCCAGUCCCUCAUGGGCACCAUCAUAAACUGCUUUAUGUGUGGACUCAUUUUGGCAAAGAUCUCUCUCCCAAAGAAAAGAGCAAAAACGGUAACCUACAGUGAAAUAGCUGUCAUUUGUCUUUGGAAGGGGAAUCUGUGCCUCCAGAUACGGGUGGCCAACCUACGAAAAUCUCUUCUUAUUGGCAGCCACAUUUAUGGAAAGCUUCUCCGAACCACCAUCACUCCAGAGGGGGAAACCAUCAUACUAGAUCAGGUGAAUAUUGACUUUUUAGUGGAUGCUGGGAAGGACAACCUGUUCUUCAUUUGUCCACUUGCCCUGUACCACGUGAUCGACAAAUCCAGCCCGUUUUCCGAAAUGGCUGCGGACACUCUUCAGCAGCAGGACUUUGAGUUGGUGGUCUUCCUGGAUGGAACGGCUGAAUCCACCAGCUCGUCCUGCCAAGUCCGAACUUCCUACCUGCCAAGGGAGAUUAAGUGGGGUUGCAACUUCCUGCCUGUCGUCUCUCGCACCAAGGGUGGGAAAUACUGUGUCAACCUGUCCAACUUUUCCAAAACGGAGUCAGCGGUGACCCCGCACUGUGCCUAUUGUUUCAACAACGAACAUAACAAGGAACUCAUUCUCCACCGACAUGAACGUGAAGGCUUCGAUAAUCUGGGAUUUGAUGUUAUUGACCUUCAAACUGUGGUGAUGUAACUGAGAAGAGAGAUUAGGAGUUUGCUGCAGCAGCAACUGAUUAAAUAUGCAGGUCACAUCCUCUGACAUUGUGGCAUUUUGUAAUUUUAAAAGUUAGAUGCCACAUAAAAGAGAAGAGGAAAAAGGAGGGUUCGUUUUGUUAUGUACCCUGGCAUACACAUCGGCUGUGUUCCAAAACCCAGUAAGCUGCCUGUGUAGGCAGACUUUAAAGGUAUCAUUUGUUUCUGACACAAAGCCUGUUCCAUAAGGUAGCGAUUGUAAAUACAAAAUGCCUUGUUUUAAUCAAAUUGUAAUACCUGUCAAAAUGAAGAAAACCCAGAUGGUGGAUAAAUUGGGAGAAUUUAGCAAUUUUAUCAGGAUUCUUUGAUGAAUAGAAAGUUCAGAAAAACAGCAUUUAUUUAAAAUAGAAAUAUCUUGUAACAUUAUAAAAGUAUCUGUUUUUAUAGAAGUAUGACA